AUGAGGCCAACAUGGGCUAAGCCCCGCAAAACUGCUGUGGACCUGGGACUGGAAGGAACAUUCCUCAAUGAAGUGCUCUACAAAAACGCGACUUUCCUCAACUUGGUGGAUCCCAUCUCCCAUGACUUGCUGAUGAGCCUCGCUAGAGAUCUGCAGUGUCCCAAAAAGGAAUACGACCCCUGGAAAUCCUCAGACAGGAUCUGCAGGCAGCUGAUUUACCACCUAACCCCCCACUCGAAAUGGCACCGGCACGGCAUGCCCCGGAGGAAGUCCCAAGUGUGCCUGAAGACCAGCCUGCAGAAGAAGGUGAGCCAGGACUCCAUGGAUUUGUCAGGGAUCCCCCUGACCAUGCGGGAUGUUCACCGUAUGGCCUACUACCUGCAGAACAAUGGGGACCAUCUCACCUCUGUGGACCUGAGCUUCACCGAGCUGAACGAUGAGAUGGUGCGCCUGCUGCUGCCCUUCCUCUGGGCACUACCCAAGCUCACUCACCUUUCCCUCAACGGCAACCGGCUGACGCGGGCAACCAUGAAGGAGCUGACUGACACCAUGAAGGACAUGAACAAGUUCCCUUGCCUGGCCUGGGUUGACCUCGGCAACAACGUGGACGUCUCCUCCAUGCCACAGCCAUUGCUCGUGGGCCUGCGCAAGCGCCUCAGCCAGCAGACCACGCUGCCUACCAUCUAUGAGGCGCUCGACUGCGACUCGGAGAUCUCCAGCGGGCACGAGGGCAGCCAGCCAGAGGAUGAAGCAGCAGGGAGCACCCCGCCACGUGCUCUCUCUCAGCAGGGCUGCGAGAGGUGACUGGACAACAGCCUGGCACGGGCACACUGAAGCCGCCCCAAGGAGAAGUCUUGAGUACAAACAUCAAGCAGAGGGCCAGCUUUACCAGCUUCCUUUGGCUCUUUUCCCUCACCUUCCCUACAUCUCCCCC